CGUUACCGUCCACAAGAUUCUCUCAGUUUUCCCAAUUCAUCCAUUGUCACUUGCGUCUUCUGAUCCAUCUUCUUAUCUCACUUCAAAAAUGGCGAUUCUUCCACCUCCAAUCCAUUCAACUUUCUCAACAAAUUCAAGGUAACACUCACUUCCACAUCUACAACUUCAAAAUGAUGCACACCACUUGUUUCUACUCAUCUUUACCCCUUACACACAGACCUCCUCCUCGAUCUAUAUACACCGAUGAUCCUACUUACUGUAUCACCAAUCCGUUACUAAUUCAAUCAUCAUACAAUUGCUCUUCAUGUUGUUGUUGCUGCUGUUGUGCUGCUAAUAAUAAUUCAUAUUAUAACAGCUUACCUAGAAUAGCAAACCCUAGCUUUUUGUGUAAUGGAUUGAGGCAAUCUACUUUGAUUCAGUUUUCACCUAGCAGGAGAUUACUUGUUCAUGGUAGGAUCAGACAGUUGUGUGAUAGUGGUUCUAGGUUUUCUUCAACUAGUGAGUCUGAUAGAAGCUCUUGUUAUAAUAAGAUUGGUACUUUUAAGGCUAGGCGGAAGUUAGGAGACCGUAGGUAUGCGUGUUCGAGUUUUGAAGAGAAGAACAUUGGACAGUCUUUUAGUAAUGAUUGUGUUGAUGAAGUUGAGCUUUUGCUUGAUUUGUUAACUGAGGAAGUUGGGUUGGAGAGUAUUAGUGUUCGGGAUAGAAAACGGAUCCAAAAGAAGGACCCGCAAAAGAAGGAUUCGAGUAAGAUUUCCAGUAGAGCGAAAACUGUGAAGUCGGGAUUUGUGAAGAGGGAUUUGAAGUGUGAUGCUAAAGUUGCAGAAGUUCGGUCUGGUGAGAAAGAAAAUAGUAAGUUAAGCGAUGAGAGACGAAUGUCUGUAACAGGGGUGAAUCAUGAAGGGAAAAGACAAGGGUCGAGUUGUUCAUCGUAUUACUCGGUUUCUUCUGCUGGUGAGUAUGGUAGUGACGAUGAUAUUGUAAUUGAAAAUGAUGAUUAUUUUGUUAAAGGAGAAUCUUCGAAUGAGUAUAAAGAUGAUCGAAGAGUUUAUGAUGAGGAACUUGAAGAAAAUGUGGAGAGACAGCAAGAGUUUGGUAAAAUAGAAAGUGAGAUCGUGAAAAAGAAUACCGCUGAAUCGUAUUAUGGGAAUCAAGAGUGGCGAAAGAAAUCAGAAAAGAAGCUUAAUGUGGAGUCUAGUCAAAGUCAACAUACAGAGCGAAAUAGUCAACAACAUAGUGAAAAAACUGAUAGAAUUAGCUAUCAAUCUCGAUCAGGAAUGAAGAAUGAGAACUCUAACACCCAGAAGCUUUACAGUGGCACUGAAAAUAAGUUAAGUACGUCAGUUCAAGAGCGAACACAUCAUCAAAAAGAGGAAACUGUUGAUUUUACUCGCCAAAACGAGUACAAAAAGCAGUCAAAUGUGAAUUUAGAAGCCUCUGAAACUCAUAACUUUGACAAGAGAAUGGCAUCGUCUUCUUCUUCAUCCUUUGAGACUCGAAUGAAGAAUUGGGAAGAAAAUCGAAUGAAGAACUUGGAAGAAAGUUCAACACAAGUUAGUGAUCGGUUUAAAGAUCAAAGAGAAGAAAAACACCAGAGAGUCGUCCAAUUGGCUUCAUCAAAGGAUUCAAGAAAGAAAUCGCAACAAAUUUCGGAAAUUUCAGAUACGCUUAUUACCAAUACUGAAAACACGUCAGUUUCACAAACGCAAGCUGACAUCAGAACCAACAAACAAGAACUGCAUGAUCAGAGAGAAGAAAAACACCAGCGAGUUGACCAAUUGACUUCAUCAAAAGAGUCAAGAGUGGAAUCGCAACAAAUUUCAGAAAUUUCAGAUACCCUUGUUACUAAUAUUGAAAAUACAUCAGUUUCGCACACGCAAUCUGACAUCAGAACUAAAAAACAAGAACUGCAUUUAGAGUCUUCAAGUUCAUCUCAGGUGGCAGGACCCACAGAAACGAUGAAAACCGGUAGAAAAACAACUAAGGCUUCGAGUUUUCAUGUUGGUAUGCCGAAAGAGUCAUCUAGUAGCUAUAAAGCUUUGAAAUUGAACCCUGAAUCUAGUUUUCAAGAAACCGGUACACAUAUUGCUUCAGCCGAUGAACAGCAGAAAUCAGCGGGUCAAUUUGUGGGGGAAUUUGUCGAGAAAGCAAAACACCAACUCUCUAUUUCCGAAGUUGAAUUAGCACGUGAAGACGACGCGCAACACGAACUAAAGAGUUCGGGUGAAUCCGGUUCAGGAAAUUACGAUGAAAAAGACGGAGACAUGGGACCGUCUGAUGAGGUGUGGCAUGAAAGCGGUGCACCGGGUAAUACGUCUUCUGACGAACAGGCGAAAAGGAGUGGUCGGUCGUUAUGGAAUGUUAUCGGAGAUGUUGUUCGACUGCGGUGGGGGUCAUCGCGUUCGGAAACGCAUACACCUAAAUCAGGCGGGGUAUCGAAUCAGUCUACAAGUAGUGAAAGAUGGUUUUCUGGUCAUGAACCAGAUGAAUCGAGUCGAAAAGAGGUUUCUACCCCUUCUAGUUUCAAAGAGAAACAAGAUUCACCCUUAUCUCCGUUAAUAAUUGAAGAAUCAUCAAUUCCAUUGCCUGCAAUUCGAAUGAGAAGGUCACCUAUCGUAAAGUCAACUUCAGUGACCGGUGAAACUGUUGACCAAAUAGUCUCGAAACCAUUGACUCAAGUUCCACACGCGGAUGCAUCUGGUAGUGGCAAAACGGUAACAGUCGAACCACCACCGAAUCCUUCGAGACGGAAACUUGCACGAACAGAUCAAGUGUCGAAAGAUAGAUUCGAUGAAUGGGAAGAGGCGUAUACUAUCGAAGCAAAGCAACGUAAAAACGAUGAAUUUUUUAUGCGAGAAGCGUUGUCGGAAGCUAAAAAGGCUGCCGAUAUGUGGGAAGUGCCUGUCGGGGCUGUUCUUGUUCAGGACGGUAAAAUAAUUGCUCGUGGAUAUAAUUUGGUAGAAGAGUUACGUGACUCUACUGCUCAUGCGGAGAUGAUUUGUAUACGUGAGGCUUCAAACAAGUUACACUCAUGGAGACUUUCGGGUACGACACUUUAUGUUACGCUUGAACCAUGCCCUAUGUGUGCUGGAGCCAUCCUUCAAGCCCGGAUCGACACAAUUGUAUGGGGUGCUCCAAAUAAGCUACUUGGAGCUGAUGGCAGCUGGAUCAGACUUUUUCCUGAUGUGGGUGGAAGUGGAUCCGGGUUGGAUAAACCGCCCGCCCCUGUGCACCCGUUUCACCCAAAUAUGAUAAUAAGAAGAGGGGUAUUAUCGUCCGAAUGUGCGGAUGUAAUGCAGCAGUUUUUCCAGUUACGGAGAAAAAAGAAAGACAAGAAACCGGAAGCUGAACCACCAUCUCCACCUCAACCGUCAUGUCUUCCCAUCCCACACCAUCAUAAUUCAAAGUUGGUGACGAAAUUGCAUGACGUCUUCGGCAUGAUGUUUUGUUUGUAAAUCGAAUCUUUGUGACUCGUUAUGAUCUCUUUGUAACCGGUUUUCAGCAAUGUUUUGGUUUGAUUUGUAAUUUGUUGUCUAAAAGUCUUUGGGUGAUUCAAAACCUUCUCUUGAUGUAGAUUUUUGUGUUAUUGUUUAAUUUAAAUUUACAAGUUGAACACAA